UCAGAGCCUUCCUCACACAAGUGCAUGACUUUCUUAGCCAUUAUUGGAUGCUCAAGUUAUACAGUGUAAUGAAAGAUUCUUCACAAAAACUCCGAGAGAAACCAAAUGUUUCCUAUGACUCUUCUUUGGUCACCUGAUGAUAAAAUAAAAUGCAUCUAUCUCUGGAUCAGAUUCAAGAAAAUGGUCAAUUUCACUGAUGUGACAGAAUUUAUUCUUUUGGGAUUAACUAGUCGUCCUGAAUUACAGCUCCUUUUCUUUGUGGUUUUCUUACUGGUCUACAUUGUCACUUUGGUCGGGAACAUUGGCAUGAUCAUAUUAAUCAGGGUCAGUCCCCAACUCAAUAGCCCCAUGUACUUUUUCCUCGGUCACUUGUCUUUUGCAGAUGUGUGGUUCUCCUCUAAUGUCACUCCUAAAAUGUUGGAAAAUUUGUUAUCUGAGACCAAAACCAUUUCCUAUCCUGGAUGUAUAGUGCAGUGCUUUUUCUUCAUUGCUUUUGUCCACGUAGAAGUCUUCAUCCUUGCUGUGAUGGCCUUCGAUAGAUAUAUGGCGAUUGGAAACCCUCUACUUUAUGGCAGCAGAAUGUCAAGAACUGUCUGUAUUCGACUGAUCUCUUUCCCUUAUAUAUAUGGCUUUUUUAUCAGCUUGAUCUCAACACUGUGGACCCAUGGUUUGUACUUCUGUGGAAACACCGAGAUCAACCAUUUCUACUGUGCAGAUCCAGCUCUUAUCAAAAUGGCCUGUGCAGGGACUUUCAUUAAAGAAUACACUAUGCGCACAUUGGCAGGUCUCAACUUCUCUUAUUCCUUAUUGGUCAUUUUCGUCUCCUACAUUUUCAUCCUCAUUGCCAUCUUAAGAAUGCACUCAGCAGAAGGGAGAAAGAAAGCUUUCUCCACGUGUGGAUCCCACUUGACAGCUGUCACCAUAUUUUAUGGAACUCUCUUCUUUAUGUAUCUUAGAAGCCCAACUGAGGAGUCCGUGGAGCAGGGGAAAAUGGUGGCUGUUUUCUAUACAACAGUCAUUCCUAUGUUGAACCCCAUGAUUUACAGUCUCAGGAACAAAGAUGUAAAGGAGGCCAUGAGCAAAGUGAUGAGUAGAGCAUUUUAAAAUAAAUAAGAACUUAAAAUGUACUACGAACUUCUGGUUCAUUAGAAGAGGCAGAAAUUAAUAAUUUCUUUUACAUAAUUUUUAAGAAAUGUGUUAUUUAUAUUUUCAGUGAUAAAUAAAAAAUAAUAGAUAAUUGGAAAAGGGAUAAAGUUAUCCAGAUACUAGAAGUUUAUUGUAAACAAGACCCUCUGAGUCAUAAAAUCUGAAAUGAUGAAAAUAUGUUGACAACACUGUCUACAGAUUUUCCUUUCCACACAAUGUCAAAUUCAGUAGGCUAUUUUAUAACUGGGGAAGCUAUUUAUGAUUCUUUAAUAUUUCAUAAAUCUAUUCUUUCAAUUACAUUUUCAAAACAACUGGAAUGUUCUCUAUGCGUGUUUUGUUUUUGCACCUAGAGUAGGUUUUGACUCUAGAUUAUGCUAUUACUGCAAAAUAUAGAGGUAGAAUAUGGUUUCACCAUUUAUCAUUGUUAUAAUGGGAAACAACACUCCUGACAAUGGAAUAUAUUAUGUAGAAUAUAUUAUAAACUCUAAGUCAAAUUAAUUGUUGUAUACUGCAUGAUUAUUAAUUUUCAAGUAUAUAUUAAUUCAUUAAAUUAAAUUCAUUUAUAAAUGACUAAUUUAAUAUCUUCUGAUACCCAUUUGAAGUCUUAUGUAUGUCUUACCAUCAGAAAGUGAUGACAUAAUCCCACUGGUGUUUUGGAAUUUAGAACGCGCUCCUCUAAUUAUAUUUUAGUAAAUUACUUUUUAAAUGUUUUGAGCAUUUAUAGAGAUAUGUUUACUUUUUUUCUUUGGUUUUGUUUUGUGUUUUUGGGAUUGGUGGUAGAAGAAACUAGCUGUCCCCUUAGAAGUCCUAGUGCAUUCAUUUCCAUUAUAUAUAACUUUAAAAUUAAUAAAUCAUAAUUUUUGUGCAACAGAAGACUUUUUCUUUGUUAUUUUAUCAUAUUGUUGCCUCAGUUUUUAAAAACUUUGCUUUGAAAAACAGAAAAACAAUUUAAGGCACAAAGAGCUGAGUUCGUGAAUGUAUAAAAUCUAUAAUAUUUCUUGUUGGGAUUCAUCAUCGUUUAUUUAGCAAUAAUUUUAACAAGACAUUUUAAAAAUUAAACUGAAGCUUUCACAAAGAAUGCAAAAUUAUGCAUUAUAAAUAUGUACAGAUACAUGUACAUAUGUGUGUGUAUAUGUAUAUAUAUGUAUAUAUACAUGUGUAUAUUCAUACAUACAUGUAUAUUUGCUCUGGGUAUGCACGAGUGCUUGUAGUUCUGUGCUUUUUUCAGAGUAGUUAACUUGAUCAAAAUUUUUUAGAAGUUCCUCUUUAGAAAUAUCUUUCAGUACCAAACUUCGAUAUUACAUAAAAGUAAUAUUACUUAUAUUAUAUUAAAUAAUUUAAUUUAUUAUAUUAGUAUAUUAUAUUCUAUCAUAUGAUACCUUUGUGUAGUAUCUUAUUUUCCCUUCUAUUACAUUUAAAUUUAUAAAUGCCUACUUAAUCAAUAGACCUUUUUCCUCUAUUUAGCUAUAUCCUGACAAUAGAUCUUAAACUUAGUCAAUUUGAAAGGCAGAUUAUUUCCUCACUAUUAUACUUUAAAUAUGCUUAUGUACUGGUGAAGUUAAAUGUUAUAACAUGCUCCUCAGGCACUUGAAUUAUUUGAAUGCUGUUUGUUGAUGUUGCUUGUUUUUUCUUUCUUGGACUAUUCAUACAUUUUUGAAAUGAAGUGAUUAUCCUAAUUACUUUCUGAAUUUUAACUUACUGAAUUUUGCUGAAUUUUAACUUCUAUCAGAGAAAAGAUCAUUUCUGACUUAAUCAUCACUGUAAUACCAGUAUCAUAAACUCCCUACAUAAUACCUUAAUAAAUAUUUGUUAAUUACAUAAAUAAACUGAUUAUUAGUUA